CUAAAAAACCUGAUUGGUGUUCUCUGGCACAUUUCUGCAUAAGUUGGUGAUUCUCCACCUGGCAACGCAGGCCAGUCGAAACCAACCCGUUAAACGUGUCAAAUUGUAGUCGUAACGAGCCUGUUCAGAGUCAACCGAUAAUUAGCCAACUCUGCACCUGCUCCACUAAUCUCCAUUAGAGCCGCUGUUGAGACCGAGAGCAGCAUGACGAUGUGGAAGAUCUGGCUGGUAUUCUGUCUCUCAGAGAGGUUCAUCCUCUCCACAUGCAACCAGCGUCAGUAUCACUUUGUCAAUGGAUCGUUCACCUGGAGUGAAGCUCAGGCCUACUGCAGACGGAAACACACAGACCUGGCGGCCAUCCAAAGUCCCACUGAAGUGAACGGAGUUAUGAAUGUGCUUUCAUCUGCUGGUCACACAUCGGAGGCCUGGAUCGGUUUGUACAGUGAGAUCGACUGGAGGUGGUCCGAUGGUUUCACAGGGAACGGGGCUGAAUUCAGGUACUGGGACAUCGCUGACAACGAACCAGAUUUGUAUUUUGCCAAUCAGUUCUGUGUGUCGAUUGGUCAGCCUGGGAAAUGUUGGGAUGAUUCCUGCAGCAUCUCAUACCCAUUUAUCUGCUACAACGGCACACAGGAGAAUCCUGAAUAUGUUCUGGUCAAUGAAACCAGAUCCUGGUCCGAUGCUCAGACGUACUGCAGGAAGAACUUCAGAGACCUGGCUACCUUCAGGAACGACACCGAAAACCAGAGAGUUCGAAGUUUGGUGCCUAAAGAGGGCAUAGCAUGGAUUGGUCUGUUCAGAGAUCCAAACUUUUACUGGUCUGAUGGGAGCAGAUCUGUCUACAGCAACUGGGCAGAGGUUUUCAACAUAAUAGGCUCCAGCAGAGUCAUUUGUGGCGUCACAUGGAGUUCAGGGCAGUGGAGGUUUCGCUCAUGUGACACAAAAAGUUCGUUUGUUUGCCACAGCCUGCCAGCAACAAUGAAAAGGGUUGUGAAGCUGAGACUGAAGACUGAGGACUCUGUCAAUCUGAACGAUCCGCGUCUGAGGGAAAGCAUCCUGAAAAAGCUGCAGGACAGACUGAACGAGAAUGGAAUGAAUGGAACCACAGUGAAGUGGAGAGAGCAGCCAGAUGGAGACGUCUUCAAGAAGAAGACAAGAAGGAAGGCCGAACUCUGAGUUACUAAUCUUAACUUGGAUUAGUGAAUUCCUCUGGUCAUUUUCAGUUCACAUUCAAUUAUAAAGUCAAAAACCUGUCAUGUUUUUUUGUAAUUAUUUUGUAAUUUUCAAAUCUUUAGAUUUAAAGUAAUUAUUCAACUUCACAGAUAAAUAUCUUCUGACUGGAAUUUUUCUUUAAUUUGUAAUCAAAGUCUUGUCUUGAGUCUGGUGGUGGAUUUAUAAAAGGAAGUCAGGGCGAUGGGUGGAGACAAAAUGGUGGCGAGUAAAAUUGGCUUGAAACUUAUUACCAAAGAUUAAUGAUUCUAAUCAAUGGUGCUUUGAAUUGAUCUGAGCUACUUUUGAUCUGAUCUAGUGGAUUGAUUCCAAACGUGAUUGGCUUGUGUCAAACUUUCA